AGCUUUCCAAAUAUUUCACAUAAAUUGAAAUGACGACAUUGGCUAUUUAAGCUCCAGCAAGAUAAAAAUCAAAUAAGUCCAAUUUGAGUAUCGAACGAGAAACAUACAUAGUUUAGUUCCCUGCCAACGUAAAUAAUGGCGUCAAAUGGUAAUAAUUUUGAUGAUGAGUUUGAGAAAUACUUACACCGCUUGUUCUACGUCACGCCAACUGAAGAGACAUCCAAAUGUGAUCCCUCAAAUAUUGAGUAUUUUGGGGUACUAAGUCUUACUGAUGUGCGUUCACCUGACCGCAAAUUGUGGUACAUUUAUUAUUCCAAACAGCCAGAGGUCGAUGAAACCCUUAAUCGUAUUUUCCAUAAAUACGGCAAAAAGAAUAUGUGUGAAAUAUUUCGGAAACCAACGUUCAGUGGCGUAGGAUUACGUGACAGAGUAAAAAGACAUUUUCAAGAUAAGAAAUGGUAUGUGAAAGGCAAUAUUUUGGAGGCUCCACCAAAAAGUCCUUACAACGACGAUCGUAUGCUUAAAAUGAUAACUGAAUUGUAUAAUGAUGAGAGAAAAAUGCUCUACAACUACAUUUGCAUGACACACGAUUCGUUUAUUAAAUACCACUCAUAAUUAGGUGUAUAAUAU